AAGAUCUGCAUCUUGGAGAAAUGACGGUAAGAGAGACACUGGAUUUUUCGUGCCGUUUAUUCGGCAACGAGACCAAAUCAGAGAUGCUAGCUGAGAUAUGCAGGAGAGAGAAGGCCCUAGGUAUCACACCAGACCCAGAGAUUGACACAUUUAUGAAGGCUAACUUGGAGGAUGACCAAGGAAGAUGUCUUGUGAUUGAUUAUAUUCUCAAGACUCUGGAUUUGGAAAAUUGUGCUGAUACGAUAGUGGGUAAUGAGAUGCGAAGAGGUAUUUCUGGAGGCCAAAAGAAAAGGCUUACAAUUGGGGAGAUGUUGGUUGGGCCAGCAAGAGUAUUUUUCAUGGAUGAGAUAUCGACAGGAUUAGAUAGUUCGACCACCUUUCAGAUUAUGGAGAACUUACAUCAACUCGUUCACAAUAUGGAUGUGACGAUGGUCAUAUCGUUGUUGCAACCUACUCCUGAGACGUUCGAACUUUUUGAUGAAAUCAUCCUUAUGAGUGAAGGUCAAAUUGCUUACCAAGGCCCUCGUGAAAAGAUUUUAGAUUUCUUCGAGUUUAUGGGAUUCAGGUGUCCAAAUAGAAAAAGCACUGCAGACUUUCUCCAAGAGGUGAUGUCUAAGAUGGAUCAAGAGCAAUAUUGGGCCAACUCAACUUGCCCCUAUAAAUAUGUUCCUGUAUCGACGUUUGCAGAGGCCUUCCAAUCAUUUCACGUGGGAGAGCUUCUAACUGAGGAGUUGCAAAGUCCCUAUGACUUUUCAAAAAGCCACCCUUCUGCCCUAGUCUCAGGGAAAUAUGGCCUUCGGAGGUGGCAGCUCUUUGUUGCAUGCUUUUGGAGGGAAUGGUUACUAAUGAAGAGAAACUCCUUUGUGCACAUCUUCAAGAUGUUCCAAAUCUGUAUCAUGGCCUCCAUUGUUACAACUGUAUUCUUGAGGACUGCGAUGAAACAAGGUUCCAUCACUGAUGGCAACAGGUAUCUUGGGGCAAUAUUUUGUGGAGUAGUGGUUGUCAUGUUCAAUGGAAUGACAGAGCUUACUAUGACUGUCUUACGUUUGCCAGUAUUUUAUAAGCAAAGGGACCUCCAACUUUAUCCAGGAUGGGUCUUCUUGUUGCCCAUCUUUGUGCUUCAGUUGCCUGUCUCAUUGGCUGAGUCUGGUAUAUGGGUUGCCUUGACAUAUCAUGCGAUUGGGUUUGCCCCAUCUGUUUCUAGGUUUUUUCGACAAUUUCUUGUAUUCUUUUCUAUACACCAGAUGUCAAUAGGACUCUUCCGUUUCAUAGCUGCGGUUGGAAGGACACAGGUUGUUGCUAACACAUUCGGAACUGCUCUCCUCAUUGCAAUUUAUGUCCUUGGGGGUUUUGUUAUAUCCAAAGAUACUAUUCCUUCAUGGUGGGUUUGGGGUUAUUGGGUUUCUCCAAUGACAUAUUCCCAGAAUGGUGUCGCCCUUAAUGAAUUCUUGGAUGAGUGAUGGAGCCUGCCAAAGAACGACAUGAACAUCAAUGCAGGCACAGUGGGGAAGGCCUUCCUUAAAUCAAGGGGAAUGUUUUCUGGGGAAUAUUGGUUUUGGAUAUGUGUAGGAGCUCUAGCUGGCUUUUCUUUGCUCUUUAAUGUUUUAUGUAUCCUAGCCUUGGGAUAUUUUCAAGCUCCUCGAAAGCGCCAAGUUAGUGCCCCAGUUCAAUCCAAUGACAAUGAGGAAAGUCUGUCUUAUGGCAUAUGUGUGGAUCAUUCAGCAACGACUUUGGGGGCUGGUGAGAGAGGCAUGGUGCUACCUUUCCAACCAUUCUCCCUCACAUUCACCCAUAUAAAUUACUAUGUCGACAUGCCAGCUGAGAUGAAAAAGUAUGGGGUUCGGGAGAAAAGAUUACAACUGCUCAAGGAUGUGAGUGGGUCUUUCAGACCAGGAGUUUUAACAGCAUUAAUGGGGGUAACUGGUGCAGGCAAAACCACAUUAAUGGAUGUACUGGCGGGAAGGAAAACUGGGGGUUAUAUAGAAGGAAACAUUAGUAUUUCUGGGUACCCAAAAAACCAGGAAACCUUUGCUAGAAUUUCUGGCUAUUGUGAACAAAUCAACAUCCAUUCUCCAUUUGUCACCGUCUACGAAUCCUUGCUUUACUCUGCAUGGCUUCGUCUCCCUCGACAUAUUGAAACCUCUACUCAGAAAAUGUUCAUGGAGGAGGUAAUGUGUCUCAUGGAAUUGAAACCAUUAAGGAACUCAUUGGUUGGUAUCCCUGGACUUUCUGGCCUAUCCACUGAGCAGAGGAAAAGGCUGACUAUUGCUGUUGAGUUGGUGGCAAACCCUUCGAUCAUAUUCAUGGAUGAGCCCACAUCUGGGCUUGAUGCAAGGGCAGCUGCCAUUGUUAUGAGGACGGUGAGGAACACUGUUGACACAGGCCGCACUGUGGUCUGCACCAUACAUCAGCCGGGUAUUGAUAUAUUUGAAGCUUUCGAUGAGCUAUUACUAAUGAGAAAAGGUGGGCAGGUCAUAUAUGGGGGACCCUUGGGUCAUUUCUCUCAAAAGCUGAUUCAUUAUUUUGAGGCUCUUCCAGGGAUUCCUAAGAUAAAGGAUGGUUACAAUCCAGCAGCUUGGAUGUUGGACAUAACUUCAUUUUCCAUGGAGACUAAUCUUAACGUGGAUUUUGCUCAAGUUUACCAUAACUCCUGUUUAUAUGGGAAAUACCAGCAAAUCAUAGAGGGAUUGAGUAGGCCUUCAACAGGUUCAAAAGACCUUUGUCUCGAUUGCAUGCAUUCUCACGGCUUCUUGACUCAGUGCAUGGCAUGCUUAUGGAAACAACAUUGGUCCUAUUGGAGGAACCCUGAACACAAUGCCAUCCGCUUCCUCAUCACAGUCACUGUAUCUGUUCUAUUUGGAACCAUAUUUAGGGGUGUUGCUUUGGACCUAAGCAAGCAACAAGAUCUCCUGAACACUCUUGGUGCAACAUAUGCGUCGGCUUUAUUCUUAGGCUUCACGAACACUACUGCAGUUCAACCCAUAGUCGGGCUGGGGAGAACAGUUUUCUAUCGUGAGAGAUCAGCCGGAAUGUAUUCAGCCAUGCCUUAUACCAUUGCUCAGGUGGUCAUUGAGAUCCCAUAUAUUGUGAUCCAAGUUCAAGUCUUUGUCUUGAUCAUAUACCCGUUGAUUGGUUUCUCUUGGAUGUUGGCAAAGUUCUUAUGGUUUACCUUCUUUGUACUACUAAGCGUCUUGUACCUCACUCUUUUUGGGAUGACGGCUGUAGCAUUAACUCCAACACAAGAGUUGGCCGCCCUGAUCUCCUUCUUCUUCUUUAUCUUAUGGAACAUUUUCUCUGGCUUUUUCAUUGCGAGGCCUAUGAUUCCUCUGUGGUGGAGAUGGUUUUAUUGGGUUAAUCCUGCAGCUUGGACUGUUUACGGUUUGAUGGUUUCUCAGUUGGGAGAUCGAACUGAGACAAUCAAUAUACCUGGGCAAGCAAGCCAGAGCGUCAAAGAGUUUCUUGAAGUUUACUUCGGACUUGAAGCUAAUUUUCUAGGUAUAGCUGUUGCAGUUCAGUUUAUCUUUAUUUUUCUGUUUUUGUUUGUUUUCUGUUUAUGCACCAAAUAUUUGAAUUUCCAGAGGAGGUGAUACUUCCUAAUCAUAUUCUUAUGAGUUCUACUUCUCUGAUGAAGUAUACAACUGCUUGUACCUUUACCUUAUUCUUAAAUUAUUAACUUGAGGUUCAACACGCCUUGCAGUUUCUGUAUGGCUU